UUCUCUUCCCUCUCACGCAAAAUCUACCCACCAACUACUUUACUUCCCUCUUCAACUUCCUCCUCCUCCUCUCUCUCUCUCUUCCGUUUCUCAGUUCUCUCCUCUCAAAGCUUCCAAAACCCAUUAACCAAACAAACAUAUAUAAUUUCUUCACAAAUCUCAACCCUACUAUUCAUAUCUUCUGCUACGAUUAUUUACUUUUAUGUCAGAAAGGGGUCUCCGGCGACGAUCUCAAGUGAGCGGAGGCCAGAAAACCAGACCGCCGAACCUAUCUCCGUCGACGCAACGGAGGACCCAUCAAUCUCGGCGAUCGCCCAAGCAGCACCACCCGCACCACCAGCACCACCAGCACCAUUCCAAGCCUAUUGAGAUUCUCAAGCGAUGCUCUUCCGUUCCCGUAUUGGUGGGGUCAAUUGGCAGCGAUUUCUACGAGGAGGAGGAGAAGGAGGGUCUUCGUGGUCCGGCCAUGCUGUCGGAGCCGGAGGGUGUUUUGUUCAGGCCUCACACUUGUACGGACAUCUUUGCUUCCUCUCCUUCUCUGAUGAUGGUGCAGCCCCUGCCCUUCUCUCCCCAUAAGAACGAGGGAUACAAGAAAGAUGCAAAGGUGGUGUUGAAUGUGUCAGUUGAAGGAAGCCCCGGACCGGUGCGCGCCAUGGUUAAAUUAGGAUCUACAGUGGAAGAAACAAUUAAGCUUGUUGUAGACAAAUAUAGCAAAGAAGGUCGAACUCCGAAGCUUGAUCACGAGGCAUUGUCCUUUGAGUUGCAUCAGUCUUACUUCAGCCUUCAAAGUUUGGAUAAAUCUGAAGUAAUUGGAGAUGUCGGUAGCCGAAGCUUCUAUCUUAGAAAAAGCAGCAGCAGCAGCAAUGGAGUAUCAACUUCUUUAAUCACUGAAGUCGUUCCUGUGAGAGAAAACACUCCUCCAGCUGCUCCGCGCCCUGUAUUUUUACUACCGAAUUUCAUCGCCCGUAAACUUGGCAAAAUCGCCAGGAGGACGCAUAAGCUUUGGAGAGUCAUAAUCUGCAUCUGGUGAGAUCAAUGUACAAAGAAUUAACCAUUGCUAGGGUAACACAAAAUAUUAUCUCAUGUUACUCUAGAAAAGAGCCUCUAGAUGUGGAAUCCCGCUGAAGAUGUAUUAUUUUCGUUCUUCUGCCUUUCGGAAUAUGAAUUUUUAUUCAAUGCUGUACGGAUGACCAUACCAGUUCAAAUGCAUAUAAAUUGAAGAAAUACCAAUUGUUCAUUUU